AUGGAGUCCUACAAGGUGAUGCUGAACGGGCCAGCGCCCUGGGGCUUCAGGCUGCAGGGAGGGAAGGAUUUCAGCAUGCCACUCUCCAUCUCCAGGCUGACGCCGGGUGGGAAGGCGGCCCAGGCUGGUGUGGGAGUGGGCGACUGGGUGCUGUACAUCGACGGGGAGAGCACCAGCUCCAUGACGCACAUCGAGGCCCAGAACAGGAUCCGCGCCUGCGGGGACAGGCUCUGCCUCACCCUGAGCAGAGCCCAGAACCACCUGGGGAAGCCGCAGAAGGACUCACUCCCCUGCUCUGAACCCCUGAAAUAUAACUUCGCUCCCAGCACCGCCCUCAACAAAACAGCUCGGCCCUUUGGGGCCGGCUCGCCUCCGAACCCACGGCCCGGGCUGGUGACGAAACCUGUGACGUACACGCCCCUGGCGCCUACCUGCACCCCCCAGCACAAUGGAGAGGAUGCUGAGAACUGGCAGCCCCGCCCCGGGACCUCCCAUUCCCGCUCCUUCCGCAAACUGGCCCGGCUGACGGGCACAGACAGCAUGGAGGAUCAUGAGGAUGAGCUUGUUAAAAAGCCCAG